AUCCUUUGGUUUAAAUAAUUUCUCUGGAACUCUACCACCAGAACUUGGUAGUCUCAUCAAACUUGAACAAUUUUACAUUAACAGCUGUGGAGUUGGUGGUGAAAUUCCCUCAACAUUUGCUAAACUUCUAAACAUGCAAGCCAUGUGGGCAUCAGACAGUCCUUUCACAGGCAAGAUACCUGAUUUCAUUGGCAACUGGACAAAUCUUACAUCAUUGAGAUUUGAAGGGAACUCAUUUGAAGGUCCUAUACCAUCAAGUUUUUCUAAAUUAACCUCUCUAAAUUCUCUGCGGAUCAAUGGUUUAUCCAAUGUGAGCUCUUCUCUUGAUUUCAUUGGAAAAUUAAAGAAUUUAACUGAUUUAAUUUUAAGAAAU